AUCUCGAUUUCGCCACAGCAUCUAGCGUUGAUGAGGCUAUUGCGGCUCUGAAAGCAGAGCUCGAAGGGUCUUCGACCGAAGCAAGUGCGGUUACAGAAAUUAUCAGUACUGGAGCUACCACAGUAAAACAACCGAGCAGCUGCAAAAUAUUCGAUUUAUGCCACUCGAAUAAGGACUGCCCUGGUGGAACAUGCCUCGGGACUUUCGUCAGCAGAUGCAGCUGUCAGGGAUGCAGGAAUUUCUACAGCUGUAAAACUGAUGACGACUGUGGAGGACUGAAGGGUGCAUGUAGUGAGAGGAAGAUCUGCGAUUGUAAUG